AUGGAGUUCCCAAUAAGAUAUUAUCUGGAACUAGUGUUUGGGGGAUCUGGAGAAAAAGAUGCAUACCACGACAGGAGUGCUAUGAGAUAUCCCACAAGCUACCUGGCCCCAGAACCUCAUUCCGUGUACCACCGGGCCACGGCUCCAAUUCCAGCUCCUGGGUUGGUCUCGGAGAGGCAGGAGCGUACAUCACUCUCCAGCCAAGUCAGCCCCGGCGCCCACCCCGCCAAGGUCCCCUUCUGCAACGCCAAGGAGGAAAUCCGUGCAGGGCUCCAGGCCCAGCAGGGUGCGCUCGGGCCGCGCCUCAGCGUUGUCCGCAGGAACGUGUUCCUGAUGAGCCUCCUGCGUCUAGGGGCUGUAUACUCUCCAGUGCUCGUCCCUAAGGCCAAACUGCUCACUCUGCUUUUGCUAUGGGACUACUUCUGCUUCCUCCUGACUCCUCCGGGCCUGAGGACUGGUGCCCAUUGCCUGUGGAGCCACAGGUCCUACAAGGCCAAGCUACCUCUCAGGAUAUUUCUGGCCGCUGCCAACUCCAUGGUUUUCCAGAGCGACAUCUUCUCGUGGGCCAGGGAGCGUCGAGCCCACCACAAGGACUCAGAGACAGAUGUGAACCCCCACAAUGCCCGCCGUGGCUUCUUUUUCUCCCACAUCAGGUGGCUGCUGGUUCGCAAGCAUCCAGACGUCAUUGAGAAGGACAGGAGGCUCGAUGUCACCAAUAAUACACUUGCUGACCCCAUGGUCCAGGUCCAGAGAAAGUACUAUAAGAUCAGUGUGGUGCUCGUGCGCUUCAUGGUCCCUGCACUGGUGCCCUGGUACAUCUGGGGAGAGCAUCUAUGGAAUUCCUACUUCUUGGCUUCUGUUCUCCGAUAUGCCGUCGCCCUCAAUGGCACCUGGCUGGUCAACAGCGCUGCCCACAUGUAUGGGAAGUGGCCCUAUCACAAGCAUAUCAACCCUUGGCAGAACCCACUCAUCACUUAGGGGGCUGUUGAUGAAGGCUUCCACAAUUACCACCACGAGUUUCCCUUCGACUACUCUGUGAGUGAACUUGGCUUAAAGUUCAACCCAGCCACCCGGUUCAUUGACUUCACGUGCUUCCUGGGACUGGCCACUGACCACAAAUGGGCCACCGAGCAGAAGAUCGAGGCCUGCAAAGCCAAGACUGGUGACAGCGGUGCCUGAAGCCUUCCGAAUGCUGUCCACGGUGGCUACCCUUGGCAUCCAGCUAGCAGCUUCUGACUUACAAUUCUCUUGUUUGUUGGCUUGUGG